AUGAGUGUUUUCUAUAAAAUGGAUGUGAUGUACGAAGAUGACACUUUGGCUUUGAUAGAGAAGAUACCGGAGGCUCCGUCCUAUUUGGACUGUGUGAAUAUACGAUGCGGGGUGAAACUCAUCGCCACCCUGGGAAUUUUCCUGGGGUUCACCUGCGCUGCCAUGUUGCUGGUGAAGGACAGGAAGAAUAUGACGACCACCACGGUGAUCUUAGUGGUGUUCCUGUCAAUAUUCAUCAUCGUCACUAUCCUGUUUGUGUUGGCGUCCGUCUUGCUCCUAAUGGCUGCCUUAGAUGUGAGUAAUAUACUAAUGUACAACAGCCACGGAGGAAGGACAGAUAGCGGAGAUGCCAUGAGGAAGGAGAAUCUCGACCUUAUGUCGUAUUAUAUAUGGCUCAGUGUUGUGUACCUGUGUAUACAGCUGGUACUGGCUAUUAUCAUACCAUUGGUGUUGAUCGUGGAGGGACGUUACCCUAUCAGUGUAGCACUGAUCUGGAUGGCCAUCGUUCUGAUCGUGGGUCUUGGAUGGACACAUUUCAUAUCUAUGGUCAGUUCGUACAGGAUGAGCCUUCUAAGCAUAGAUGAGUAUUAAAAAACCAUACAUCAAAA